AUGGAUGUUGACGCAUGCCUUGAGGCCGAGGGUCUCCGGCUGAUGGAGGAGUGGCAUCAACUGAAGGUGGCUAUCAACCUCGGUCGCCUUCAGCGUGAGCACGCGAAUGCGAGGGCCAAGGCAUCCCUGGCAACCUCGCGCGAGGCCAGCGCCGGAGCCUUGGAGGAGGCCAGGGAGGCAGACCGCCGCCGCGCGGUCGCCGAGGAGCGCAGGCGGGAGCUCCAGGACUUGAAUGUCUCCUUGGAGCAGCAGGUGGAGGCACGCAGAGCCGCCUUAGCAUCGAUGAAGGGUGCACCGUCCGACGAGGAGGAGAUCUUGAGGCGUGAGGAAGAACUAUUGCCAGAGGCCACGGAGCGCAGCGUCGAGCUCGAGCGGUUGGAGACGAGGGAGCGCCAGGUCGCCCAAACAGAGGAUGCCGUCGGUGCACGUGAGGCCAAGGCCCAGGAGGAGGUCGACCGCCGGGUGGCCGAGGCUCGCGUGGAUCUUGUUGGCAGGUAUGACCUGAAGCUGAAGCCCGUGGAAGCAGAAGCUAUGGGCAGGACCACUGCCCUCAAGUCAGGUCUGGCUGAAGCGUAA